AUGGAAUCUGGAGGAGACGAGAAGCAACAAAAACCUUCCUACACUUACUGGGUUCGGAAAAUCACAGAAGACGCAGCACCUUUACCCGUUCAUAACAAAAUAGAUGCAACAACUCCCACUUCUCAUUCUCAGCUUGGUUCUGCUUGGAAUCGAGCUGGAACAUGGGAAGAGAAGAGUCUUAACUAUUGGGCUAUUCCAAGAAUUAAGGAGUUGCUUAUUUCGGUGGGGUCCUUACCAUUCUCCUCCGGCAGAGCCGAAGUCGAAGAUGUAACUAAAUGUGUUGGAGAUGCACUUGUGGUGGUUGUUCGGAACAAGAAACGUGUCAGUUUCACAUAUGAAUUGUCCUUAAAAGUGAAAGGGGAAUGGAUUAUACAAGGGAAUAAGAAGUUGGUUGGGGGGCAUAUAGAUGUUCCAGAGAUCUCAUUUGGGGAACUGGAUGACUUGCAGGUGGAAGUGAGACUUAAUGACGCAUCUGAUAUCGCACCUCAAGAUAAAGUUGAAAUAUACAACGACUUGAAGUUGUUUUUACAGCCUAUUCGGGAAAAGUUGCUUCAAUUUGAACAGGAACUCAAAGAUAGAUAA